AAGGCCUUUUGCCUUAGGCGUCGCACCCCAGGAUUAGAGCCGACACCGCGCCACAUGCUAGGCCAUAUCUUUCCACCCUAUGCACGGCUCGCUCAGCUGCAGGAUUCGCAGUCGUACGUACGGGACAGAAUUGCGGAGUGUACGCCUGAGGCGACUCCGAGCAGUCGGCGCCCCGAUGUCGGCGAGGUGUCUUGCUUGGCUCUCGGCCGGGCUGGUGCUUUUCUUCAUUACGCACCGCGGGCUCGAGGUGCCUAGACCAAACAGCUACGCGGUCGGCGGCUUCCGCGCGGUCCAGCGACGCCUUUUGGAGGACGACGAGAACGUUAACCUUACGGAGCCUGACCAGAACGCUAGUUCGACCGACACUAGUUCGACCGAUACUGCUACGAGCAGUACGACGAACAGUGCAACCAGUACGUACAGCACGACGAGUACGACUGAAUAUGUUUUUUCGUUCGAUCCCCUCUUGACAGACGUCCACGUGCUUUUGGAAGACGGCCAGAACGUUAGUAAUCAUCCAUGCGGUGGCGGACAUCGGCGACAACGGCAGCAAUUUGAUUUCUGGAUUGUAUGCAGGGCUCGAGCUCACAAAGCUGACAGUGGACAUAAAUGGGAGCGGCUACGAGUUCGACAGAGCGACGGCCUUGAUGAGGGUGGUGAGAGCUUUUGUCGGCACCGACGGGGCGCAGUCAGGGCAGUGUUCUCAGGAUGAUUUCGUCAACAGUGCCCACAUCGCUGAGGUUGGUGGCGACUGGGCAAGUGCAGGCGCGCAGGUCUACCCUGACCCCACUGACCAGAGAGCCGAUGUUUUCAAUUUGACGUUCAAGAUGGGAGGCGAGUACCGCCUCUGCUAUUCCCACGAGGGAGACUUCUUGGGAAACGACACCGACGUCCUGUCCCCACGGCUGGUUGUCGCAGGUUUGUACGACAAUAGGUCUGAGUGUGUCCUUGACGAGACGUGUCUCACCAAGAGACCAUACCGGUGCUAUCUACUGCGGGGCGCAUACGGCAACAUGCACGACAAUUAUUGGAACUUGUCAUCUUGCGCGGUCGAUUUCGGCUACACGGGCGCUGGCUACAAGGGCGACUUGGGGCGAGGAUCGUGGUCGGAAGCGUUUGGUGUCAUUUACGACGAUGGCGGUCUCGUUGCAAAUGUGACGCCCAGGUUGUGUGCUGCACCCGACGAGCAGCCUGCGGAUUUUCUGUGCAUGUCGAGAGGAAGUUGUUUCUCUGGCGCCGCGUCUGUGCUGGCAGAUGAGGACAGAAUCACCAUCCCUGUUGGCCGAAACGACCUCAGGAACGACGGCUUCAGAGCUCGGACUGUCGCAGCGUGCUACUGUCCAGGCGGAUACGCAGCUGGGGCCGAAGGUGGUGCUUGCUCCGACCACACGUACUUUGUGCAGCAGGUCGGCGUCCUGCAUUUCUACAUCAGCAAGGUUUGCCUGACCGGAGCUCGGGCCGCGACAUGCGAGCCAGAUUUUACUGGAGUCUCUCCUCAGCACGCUUUUAGCAUCCGGGUGGAGUGUCCGACGGACGCGUGUGACGCGACGGGGGCGAGCCGUUUGAAGUUGGUGGCGCAGAAGGGCGCCAACGACUUGCCUUCAUGGGCAUCGGGAAGCGGCUGUGGCUCCGCCGUGCAUGGCGUUUACGAGUGGUCUGACGGCCAGUCGAUGUUGAUGCUUCCCUUGGGCGUCAAUCCUGAUAUCGCCACGCUCCCUGGUGGAGACCGCCAGGAUCACAAGCUGUGGAACUCUUGGGGCGGCGGUGCUUUCGGCGCGAACGGGUCGGGGUUCCUCUUUGUGAUUGGCAGCUCCAGCCACGAGAUGCGCAGCGGCACGAGCGGCUACAUGUGGGAUGUAUGCUACUGCGACGGCGCGUGCAGCGUCGAGGGCAAUUGGUUUAAGGUCGGCCAGUUUCGCUUUGCUCCCUUCCAGCUGGUCAGCACGAGCAAUGACAAUUCCAGUGCCCAGGAGGAGUUCUUGGUGGAGUACGCGAUGCAGCCCGGAAUCAUCGGUUUCUACAGGCCUCCAGAGGACUAUGGGGCGAUGGCUUUACAACCGAAUGGAGUUAUCAAGCUCGUGAGUGAUCACAUGUUGGAGGCAGAUGACGUGUUUUGCGCGUCCUCAGAGUACGACGCUGACCUCCUGGGCGGGCUAACAUCUUGGGAGGUGGCGAAGGCCAAACGAUAA